AUGCCACACGUCGCACUCCUUGGCCUCUGCAUGCUUCUGCUCCGCGACGAGCCUUCCGAGAGCCACACACUCUACGGCGCGUGGUUCACCGCCGGUGUCGUCGUCGUGUACAUGGGCAUGGUCGCGUCGUUCGUCCACAAGACGGCACCAGACCGCGACCUCUCGGCGCAUGUCGGCCUCGACUCCAACUUUGUCAGCCUCCCCGUCCUCGAGGCCAAGUUAUAACAGAGGAAUACGUCACGGAUCGUGCAUUGAGGUCGUAUUUAAAAAGAGUUACU